AUGGCCGACGCCCUGCACCGUGCCGGCCCGCCGACCGUCGCCCACUGGCCCGCCGACGACGCGCCCGCCGCGCUCCGCUACGACUCGCCCGCCUCGCCGCCCUCACGCCUGCAGUAUCUCGCCUAUCUGCCCGCGAAUUACGACACCCCGCCCUCGUCCCCGCCGCCGCGCGACCCGCACCUCCAUGGCCCCGCCGCGAAGAGACAGCUGCUCCCCAUGCAAUUGAACAUGGACACCGCCGUGUCGCCCGCCUACGAGCGCCGCGCCUACAGCCCGGCCCCCGAGAGCCCCACCGUGCCGUUCGCCGCCCUGCCCUCGCCCAAGUUCCCGGCCCCGCGCCAGCGCGCCCCGUCGCUGCUGCGCCACGCCGCCGUGUCGUCGCCCAAGUACGGCCCGCCGCCGCACGACGGCCCCACCUCGUCGCCCGUCGUCGCCCCGGCCAUGAGACGUGACGGCGCCGGCCCGGCCUCGCCCGACCUGCGUGCCAUCUUCAACCCGCUGGCCAGCAACCCGCCCAUGUCCAGCGGGCCGCAGUGGGACUCGUCCUGCGAGGACGUGUCGGGCCCCAUCUCGCCCAUCAGGCCCCGCGGCUACACCAGCUCGUCGCAGGCCUCCUUCACCCCCGCUCCGCCGCUCCGCUCCGUGACCUCGAUCCCCGACUACGGCCAGUACCGCACCGGCGAGCGCUCCAACCUCUCCGGCACAUACAAGCCCAACCGCGGAGUGCCCAACUGGUCCCACUCGGACUACUACCCUCCUCCGCCCAUGCGGCAGCUGCGGGGCGAGGAGCCUCGCUUCAGCUUGAGGUCAGGCUACACAAACGCUUCCUCGAGCGUCAUGGAGCCUGGCACGGGCCGCAGCAGCAUAGCAACAGCACGCAGCUCCGUGGCCAGUGAUCGCCAGAACAGCAUCUACUCGCGAGACCAGUCGAGAGACCGCCUGCGCGACCGUGACGAUUCCCCAGAGACAGCACAGACGUCUGAUCUUGCUGAAGAGGACGAGGAGGAGCUGGAUGCCUUCAGCGCCGUCGACGAUGUCAUUGACGCUUACUGCUACGAUGAGGACGUCCGCGGUUACUCAAUGGUCGACGACAACCCCUCCCCAGCAGCUCUGGACAUGGAGCCGCCCGAACUGUCACAGACGCCGUCUCGCGACAUGGAUUCAUUGUCUUCUUUCCAUUCCUCGGAGAAUCUCACGCACUGGAACAACUCCCCAAUACCACCGCUCAAUGGAAUGAUGCCCAAAGCUGGACUGAGAAAGCAUCGCCUCUCCAUUCGCCCACCGUCUGCAGAUACCUCGGAUCAGAGCCUGUUGGAUGAAGAUACACAGGGAGGAGCAGAGGGUGACUUGAAGCCGCACCACACAGCUCCGCUGUACACACCGCGGACAAUUGAAGCUGUCACAGCUCUGACAAAUAAGAAAAGAUCAGACGAAAGGCAACGGUUGAGUCGCGAGGUGCCCCGGCGGAUAUCCAUGACUCUGCAGGCACUGUCUCUUAAUGCACCGAACGCACUAGUAAAAACCCCGGAUGACGGAAUCUCUUCUAAGAUACCAAGUGCCGAACGGGCCCAGAUGUCAGAGAUGCACCGUGAGAUCGCUGCUCUACCACAGCUACCCAUGAACAAGGCGCGCAUGUCGCGACGAGACUGGGCAGAUAUCGAGGCUUACUCGAGAAGACAUUCCCAGAGGCCGAGUGCAUCCCGUCUGGCGUCGACCGAGGUGGUUCCAAAGAUGGAUCCUACUCCUCAGUCACCCCAGUUUCAAAAGUCUCAGUCACUGCCGGAAGUUGAUGAGGACGAAGCAAUACCGCGUCGAGCAUCGACCAGUGUGUACGACCGAAAAAGUGGGUUUGGGCUUGACUCGUUCUUGAAACCCGUCAAAACCGCCGAAGCAAAGCCUACGGCUGCAUUCACUCAAGACGAAGACGACCCAAGGAUUGCCCCAGCAGUACGUAAGAUGGUGGCGGCAAAGGCAGAGCGUGACCGCUACGGCUUCAAGAAGGAGUCGUUGAAUGUCACCGUACAAGAGCACAAUGCAUGGGCAUCGCGAUACGAAGAGCAUAUCAUCAGGCGCCGAAAUAAGUGGAUCGCUUUGAUGGUCAAACAGGGCCUCUCGGUAACUGAGCCGACCAGGUUCCCGGAAAUGAGCGAGAGAGUCAAGCGUUAUGCUCGCAAAGGCUAUCCUCCGGAAUGGCGAGGAGCCAUGUGGUGGUACUACUCCGGUGGCCAACACGCUCUCCAGCAGAAAGAGAACAUUGGCCUGUAUGCUUCGCUAGCUGCACGAAUCAAACGUGACGAGCUGAACAAGGAUGACAAGGAUGCGAUCGAGCGAGACCUCGACCGCACGUUCCCUGACAACAUACAUUUCCGCCCUGAGCCAGCAACCGAUCUAUUAGAUGGAGAGUCUGACGAGGAGCCUGCUCUCAUCCAAGACCUCCGCGAAGUCCUCUCUUGCUUCGCUCUCAACAACCCCAGCAUUGGCUAUUGCCAAUCGCUGAAUUUCAUCGCUGGUCUCUUGCUUCUAUUUCUCAAGCAGGAUAAGGAAAAGUGUUUCAUCAUCCUUUCGAUCAUCACGCAAAAUCACCUCCCGGGCGCCCACGCUCGCUCUCUUGCCAAUACCGAAGUCAACGUCCUCAUGAUGCUCAUCAAGGACUACCUCCCGAAGGUCUGGGCCUCUAUCAAUGACACCGAUCUAAUCAAUUCGGGCGCUGGCUCCAACGCCCAUCCCAACUCGAAGUUUCAGCGUCAGCCUACUGUGGCGUUGUCGUGUACAUCCUGGUUCAUGUCACUCUUCGUCGGUGUCCUGCCCAUUGAGACGGUGCUCCGCAUAUGGGAUGCCUUCUUGUAUGAAGGACCUCGAGCGUUGUACCGCUACGCGCUCGCCAUUUUCAAGCUAGGCGAGCCUGAGAUCAAGAAGUACCGCCCGGGCGAUGGCGAGCUCUUUAUGCUUGUCCAGAACCUGCCCAGAACAUGUAUCGAUCCCAACAUCCUGCACGACUUUGCCUUUGUCAAAAAGGGCUUCGGAAGCUUGAGCCAAGCGGUGAUAGACCAGAAGCGGCUGUUCUGGCGAGAGCAGAACAAGACAAUCGCGCACCAAAACUCAGUCAAGAGCGCAAGACAGAACCAACAAGGUCACGCUUCACCAACACAAAGAUUUGACGGCGACGAGACAGACGGCGAGAGCGUCCGCCGCGCAAUGGGCGGCCUGAGAAGAAAGGCGUCUCGCCGCUUUCGCCGGAUG